AUGAGUGACACAUUGAGUAGCGCAGAAGUGUACAAUCCAUCCACAGGACGUUGGACAGCUACUGGUAUCAUGAAUAGUCCGCGAUAUCAACACACGGCAUCCAUAUUGACAAACGGAAAUGUCUUAGUUGCUGGCGGAGACAGAUUUUGGACAGCUACUGGCAAUAUGAGCAGUGCACAAUUGUCUCAUACACAAGUCACAUUGAUAAACGGAAAUGUCUUAGUUGUUGGUGGACUCAGUAUGACUGGUAUAGAGAGUAGUGCAGAAGUGUACAAUCCAUCCACAGGACUUUGGACAGCUACUGGCAUCAUGAGCACUACACGAGAAUACUACACAGCAUCCAUAUUGCCAAACGGAAAUGUCUUAGUUGCUGGCGGAGACAGUAUGAGUGGCAUAUUGAGGAGUGCAGAAGUGUACAAUUCAUCCACGGGACUCUGGAAAACUACUGGCAACAUGAACACUGCACGAUUUCAGCACACAUCAUCCAUAUCAACAAACGGAAAUGUCUUAGUUGCUGGUGGAACCACUGAUAAUAGUAUCAUAUUGAGUAGUGCAGAAAUAUAUGGAUAA